UACGGGCGACACAGUCAUCACCCUCCUAUUCUUCUCUACACAGUGGCAGGAAGUUGUCCAGAUAUCCGCAGGGCCUCUACAAAAAAAAGAAAAAGAAAAGAGCGAGUGAACAAAGUGGGGCUGGGUGGUGGUGUUGAAAGGUGUUGGUGCUACUGGUGGCGGCUGCUUGCAGCGCGCGAUGGGACCUGGCCACUUUUAUUCCGAGUUGGCGGCGGAGCGGCAGGACGAGCGGUCAGUGUGAAACGCUGUGAGCCUCUCGGAGGUCGGAGGUCAGAGGUCAGAGGCAGGCCGACAAGACAACUGAAGAGAGAGCGAGAGAAGAUCCCGAAGAUGUUGGCUCUGAGGACGUUUGUCCUGCUGGGACUGAGCUGGACGUGUCGAGCCGCGUCCGGUGAUCCGUGGGGACAGUGUCCAGUCAACAGAAAGUGUAAGGACAAGUUUGGAAACGGGUCAUGUGACAACGAGUGCAUGGAGCCCGAGUGCCUCCGAGACGGCUUCGACUGCCUGAAGGACAGGGGCCACUGCAAUCCGGGGCACAUCCAGUACUGCCGCGAUCACUACGCCAACUCCCACUGCGAGCAGGGCUGCGACAGCGCCCCCUGCGGGUGGGACGGCAGCGACUGCUUCACCCACCGGAGCCCCAUGUGGGCCAGAGGCACUCUGGUCCUUCACGCCAGCCUCCCAGCACACCGGGGGGCCUUCGCCAACAGCUCCCUGCUCUGGGCGCUCAGCGUCCUCCUCCAGUCGCCGCUCAAGCUGAGGGGGUCGGCGCCGCUCGCCACCGGCAGGAACCUGUUUGACUUCGACGCCCAGCAACUCGCCGACCUGCUGGCUCAGGCCUCCGCGGGGGACUCGAACGGCUCCCUCCUUUUCCUCCAAGUGGACAACAGGCCAUGCACCAGUCAGCCGUCGACGUGUUUCCCUUAUGCCACCGAGGCGGCCAGUUUCCUGCGUGCCGUGAUGCUGCUGAAGCCCGGCUGGUUCUCCUCCCUCCCGGAGCUGAAGGCCGUCGUCAGCAUUAGGGGCGUGCGAGAGGAAAUAGGAAGCCGUGAGGAGGAAACGGUGAGAGAGGAAGUCAAAGAGCCGACCCGUGCGUGGCUGUGGGCCGUGGUCGCCGUGGCGAUCGGCCUGCUGCUGGUUCUGGCCCUGGUGGCCUUCCUGGUGGUGAGGAGGGUGAGGCGGCAGCACGCACUGAGGGAAGAUGACACCCACAGGGUGAGACACCGGUCCACCGUCACCGACAGCGACCCCAAAGCCAAGGCGCCGCAGCCGCCGCCGCACGCCGCCAACCAAGAGCAGAGGGUCCGACCCAGCAGAGAGAAAGAGAAGAGCAGCUUCCAGAGGAAGAAGAAGAAGGCGAAGGAGGCGGAGAAAAAGAGAAGGAGGGAGCCGCUGGGGGAGGACGCCAUUCGAAUGCGGCCCCUCAAACGGGAACAGGACAUAGGAAGCGACACAGACUUUACCCAGAGUUCCAUGGAAGACAUCAACGCCAGAUGCUCCAGACGACAAGAAGACGCCUCCAUCUGUGACCACAGGAGCCCGGAGCAGAAACACUACCGGGCUGGAAGCUCUCAGCCCCGGAGACCCGCACAGCCUCCGCCUAGAGGAUGGGAGAUGGGAAACGCCAUUCCUCCCCCUCUGCUCAGUCCUCCCCAGCAGUCGGCAGAGUGGUGCGGCCCGGACGGCUCCGUGGUUCUGAUCCGAGCGGUGCGCAGCGGGUUGGACCGGGUGGUCCUGGAGCUGCUGCGAGCCGGAGUACCGGUGAACAACACGGAUCACACUGGGAGAUCGGCCCUGCACUGGGCAUGCUCAGUAAACCAUCUCACCCUAACAAGGACCCUCAUUCGCUACGGGGCGGCCGUGGACCUGCAAGACAACAAGGGCGAGACGUCGCUCUUCCUCUCCGCCCUCCAUGGCUGCUACGAUACGGCCAGGCUUCUCCUCCUCCACGGCGCCAACCUGGAGCUGCACGACCGCAGAGGACGCCGUCCGAUCGACGUGGCCAGGGAGGGCAUUCACCACCAGGUCCUGGAACUCCUGUUGGCUCACCAAAUUCAGAGGGGGCCGGUUCCCGUUGACACGGCCAACGAGAUGCUGUGGGAGGAGCGCGCUCUGAUGUACUCGUCAUGGGUCGGAUCGCAGGGCAUGCCCGGAAGAAGUGCGUCCUUCUCCGGGAUCAUAGGGCACCGAGAUAUGACCCCACCUCCGCAAAAUGAUUGGUCAAUGAGCCGCGUGCAGUACCCCUCCCCUCAGAACUGGCGACCGCAGCUCAACCAAUCAACGACUGCGCUGGUCCCACCGAGGGUCAUGGGCCGCUCCCCUCGGCCAAUCAGCACCUUACAGGAGGUGACCUCAGAAGACGAGGAUCGCGAUAGGCAUCACGAAGUCCCCAGAGCUGCAACGCCUCACUUCCUGUCACCCCAGCCUGCGCCUCGGCAGCGUUCCUUCUCCUGCACCCAGCAUGCAUUGCAGCGCCGCUCCAGUGCCCACCAGCCAGAGCCCAAUUAUGUCAUUGUGACAGACAGAACAGCCAAUGAGCACAUAGAGAGAGUGGUUGUUUCACCUCCCGCAGACGCCGCCGCCCAUUCAGAUCAUCGCCCGCCGGUUGUGAGCGGCGACCAUCCCGGUAGAGCAGACCAGGCAAGGCCGAGUCCACCUCAUUCAGAGCAGAAAUCCAGAGGUGAGAGGUCAAACAACACAACCGACUCAACACAGACAGCCUUGUAGAGAAACAAGCAACACAACUCCAGCUGCUUUUCCACUCAGCCCAAAGGAACAGCAUCGAAGAACACGUGAAGAUAACGACGUACAAUGAAGCUACUGCUGUAUAUUGAGAUAUUAAUUAUUGUUCAAUGUGCAUCUGCCGGCCGCAGCAUCGCCCCAGUUUUCACUCAGCCUGACCUAAAUUAGUGUUAUUAUAUUUUUUACUGAGAGGGGUUUAGUAUCUUUGUCAAUGUUCUGUGACACGACAGUUAGAUGCAUAUCUGUCAAACACAGGAUGGAGGUCACGUGUAGACUGCCACAUCUUAUGCCACAUGAUAUUGUAAUGUGUUUGUAUUAGGGUUGGAUCCUGAGAAACAUUCAAAGAGAAAUGAUGAAAUAAGAAACGUGUACAUUGUUGCACAAAGAUGUUGCUGAUUCAUGC